AUGACGACAUUUGUUGAAAGCCAUUAUCUGGAUAUAAAUGAAGAAAUUGCGAAUUCGGUUGAAAAUAUUCGAGGAUCUGCAUUUGAAGCUGUUUCUCUUCCAAUUCAACAAAAAGAACAAAAAGAGCCAGUUUCGGAUUAUUGUGGAUUUGUUGGCGAAGAAUUGCCACCAAUUUAUCGUCAACAAUUACGCCAAUUAUCACAAAUGAUGGCACCAAAUAAUAAGAAAUUGACAAAAGUUCAAGAACAAAUUAAAAAUUUGAAAGAAAAAGAAGAAAAAGGUGGAUCAGAUUGGGCAUGGUUGGCAAAAAAAGAACAAGAAAUUGAAAAUGUUAUUGAUUUUGAGCAUGAAGAAUCACAUGAUUAUUUGCCUGGAUUUUCGGCUCCGAAAAUAUGUGAUUUAGUUCACACAAGACAAGAUCAUAUGGUGAGUACUGUAGUUUUGCCAUGUGUCAUGUGAUUAAAUUUGGGUAGAAAUCCACGUGGCAUUUUACUGGUGAUGGUUUGAAAUCAGAUAUUUUUACAGUUGCCAAAAAUGCGUAGUGUGACUGCGACUUCGAAUGUUUUUCGCUUGAACGGAACAAAUUGGAUAAAGGGUUCAAACUACGAACAAUCCAAAUAUUUGGUAAUGAAAAAUGAAGAUUUUGAGCAAGUUAAUAAUUCUCAAAAAUCUCAACUUGCAACAUCACAUACUCCAACUAUUACAUCAACAACAAAUGAUUCAUCGACUUUUAAUAAUUUGUCAGUUCAUACUGCUAAGGUAACAAUUUUUAAGCUUCAGCCUUUAAGCCUUAAAAAAUCUAUAUUUAUUUCAGAUAGGUCCACCAAUGGGAUGUCUUUCAUUUCCAAUUUCACCAAAAUCAAAAAUGAAUUCAUCUCAAAUUGCUGAAAAAUAUCGUGGUUUGAGUGCUUUUCGACCAGUUGGUGAAAAUAUUGAAUCACAUUAUGCAUUUGAAAAAGAAUUGAAUUAA